GCAAAGGACGAAAGAGAAGAUGAAGAACAAGAACAAGUUUGUUGGAGUGAGACAAAGGGCUUCAGGGAAAUGGGCUGCAGAGAUCAAAGACACGUCAAAGAAGAUCAGGAUGUGGCUUGGUACUUACCAAACUGCUGAGGAAGCUGCUCGAGCUUAUGAUGAAGCUGCAUGUCUCCUUAGAGGUUCAAACACUCGCACCAAUUUCUCUACUCAACCCUGUACCACCAUUGCUACAAAUUCUCCUAUUUCUCUAAAACUCAGAAAUCUUCUUCAUCGUAAAGCCAUGUCAAAUCAAACUCAAGUUCAAAACCAGCCCUCUGGUGUAAGUCCAUCUUUGCAAGGUGCAACUACUCCAAAUGGUAGUACCAUGAAUAACAUCAUGGUCAUGGAAGAAACCUCUGCUUUUGGUGGUGAAGGUGAUAAGUCUUUGUUUGUGGUUCAGAACCAGGUCUCUGAUAAUAUGUAUGGAUUGGAUAUGAAUAUGAUCAAUUGUGUGAUGGGUAUCACACCAGAUGCAUCUCAGCUUGAUUUCUCUUCUUGGCCUUUUGCCCAACAAAGGAUUAACGAAUUACCAUUACCAAAAGAUGGAUUCAGUGUAGAAAGGCAAUUAUCAGACUCGGUAUAUACAACGAAUGAGUGCCACCAUUUCGAGGAUACGUAUGAAUAUGACGUCAGUUAUCCUCUCUCGCACUUUUUCUGCUUCACUUGAUAUCUAUCUUUCAGUCUCUUCUCAACACAUUUGAUGAGGAGGAGAGUUCUGAAAUGGCAUUUAGUGGUUUGACUAGUAUAUAAUACUUAGUUUGUGUAAUAUCACCUUGUAUUCAUGUCAUUUUCUCUAGAGGAUGA